GGAAUAAGCGGCCUUCCCAACUCAGCAAGUGCCGCACGCACCGCCAUUGCGUGCUGCAUGCAGCGCACAAGGUCCAAGGUCCAGAGCAAAUAGGUUCUAGGUUGCGCGACCUGUGUAACCGGCGGACUUCCCAACGAACCGGCAAAGUGCCACACCACUGCUGCGCCGCGCAAUCAAGGUCCAGAACAAAGAUCCCUGCAUGAAGAAGAGGCAGCAUAUGCAGUAAUAACCUGCAGAAAGGAGGGCAGAGCUCUGCAGUGGCCAACGCCUGUUGCGGAAACGGGGACCCGGAACGCUUUUGAGCCCUGCUGCCUCUUCGCUGAAUUAAAGAGAUACACAGCAGCGUAAGCAGAAGUAAGGUAGGAGCAUGCAUGCACUAGGCUUGCGCGCUGCUGAGGACCCAGUUCCCGGAGAUGGGGCCGCCCGAGAGCUCGGCUAAAUGCGCGAGGCGAAGGCUCGCCUGGCCACAAAGCUCUUUCCAAGCUUAUACACAACAGUAGCUGCAUUCCAAGCUUGCUUACUUGCGCCAGCAGGCCACCUAGAGGCACACAGCGCUGGACUCUGGGGCCGGUCCUCGUUUCUGGGAAAAGCCCCGCCUGCGCUUCUGGCGCCUAGAGCAAGUUUGCUCUUUGUGGAGCUCUGUGAUAAGAUGGCCAUGUCGGAGUCCCCGCCGCUCCCCGCCGAUGUCAUUGAUGAUGAAUGCUUUAGUUGCAUGGCUUACCUUUUUGAUGACUCGGUUGCCAAUGAUGCGGGUAACCUGGAGCUGCGGACGACGAAGCAGCACGCCGCUCCAGCAGUCCCGCCGUGCCAUGGGGGCACCGGCGGCGGGGAGCCACCCGCCGCCUAUGCACGAGGACCGGACACGUUGCCAUCGGCGGCAGCAGCAGCGUCCACCGGCUGGACUGGUGGCUACUACUCAUCGCUGCUGGUGGGUGCGGGCGACGAUGCUGCUGCUGCGGGCUGCGGCGGCGGCAUGGCGCCAAUGCCAAUGGCCAAGCUGCCGGCGGCACUGCCGGCACUGCUGCCGCCGGCGGUGGGCGGCCAGGCCGUGGUGGGUCCUUCGGGUGCAGUGGCUGCUGCUGGCGCGCAGCAGCCGACGGCAGCAGGGCGCUCUGCUGUGGAGCAGGUGGCGCUGCAGCGCAUGUGCGCGAACCUUGGGGUGAUGAGGGAGGAGGACAUCCAGUACAUCCAGGAGCACAUGCGGAAGGCCGCCAGCGGGCCGCGGCCGGUGCCCAAGCAGCGCCCCAGCAGCGGCUACUGCCCCCGUCAGACGCAACAGCGCGCCAGCAAGAGUGCCGGCCCCAUGGCUUUGCCGGCGGUGGCGGCGGCGGAGGUGCUGCAGACCCUACUGGCGGAGGUGGACGCUGCCUGUGCGGAGGUUACGGCCGCAUUCGGCGACCCGGCGCGCGAGGCGGCGGCCCUAGAGAAGGCAGUGGCUCGUGUCAGCGAUGCCAUGUUCGGGGCGGUGGAGGCCAUGCGGGUGCGUGACAGGCAUGCGGCCCAGGCCGCCAAGGGCACCAGUGGCGCUGCCGCCACCGCCGGAUGCACCAUCGCUGCCGCUAGCAAGCCCAUGGCGGUUGGCACGGGGAACAAGCCGCAGCAGCUGCAGCGGGCCAAGCAGGCUGCGCCGGCGCAUCCCGUGCCGUCCGUGGCUUCGGCCGCCAUGGCAGCGGCGGCGGCAGCGGCGGGACAGCAGCAGCCGCAGGACUGCAAGCCUGCGGCUGCUGUGGGCAGCAAGCGCAGCCGCGGCGCUGAAGGUGCGGCAGCGGCAGUGCGGCAGGAGGGCGAUGAUAUGCCGCCGGCAGCGAAGCGGCAAGCGGUGGCGCGGCACGCAACCACCGCCACCGCUGCGGCGGCACCCGGACCCGCCGCGGCCGUAUCCCCGGCGGCCGCGCUCGCCUUCAUCCAGCGGCUCCAGCUGCUGCAGGCUAUCAAGGCUAUGCAGGCGUGCGCAGCAUUCGAACACGCGCGCGGUGGGCUGGCCCCGGUGGCGGCGGCGGUGCCCGCGCAGCAGCCUCAUCCUCAGCAGCAGCGCCAGCAGCAGCAGCAGCAGCAGCAGCAGCAGCAGCAGCAGCAGCAGCAGCAGCAGCAGCAGCAGCAGCAGCAGCAGCAGCACCUGCACCACCACCAGCAGCAGCAGCAGCUGCAGCAGCUGCUGCUACUGCUGCAGCAGCAGGCCGCGCCGGCGAAAGCGGCGGCCGCGCAGGUGCUGAUGCCAUUGCAGCCCUGGCAGGUGGAGGCGCAGCGUUGGCUCGCGAAGCUGCACUAGUCGCAGCGCCAGCACCAGCUGCAGCUAGCAGUGGUGCGAGGACGCGCGUUGCGGUUGGUGCGCAAUUCCCAUGACGUACCGCAGCAGCACCAGCCUACAGCGGUGGCAACAACCAGUAGCAAGCAGCCGUGCCGCUUGGGCUUCUGCUAUUGGUGCGUGUGCCAACCGGGUCUCUUUACUUGUACCGUGCGUGUUCCAAAACCUCGGUAAUUAUUCUUGUGAUUUAAUGCGGACAUGAUGGGACUACGCACGUGCGUUUGAUUGGUUGGGCGGGCACGAC